AGCAGCAUCAUCAUCCCGAGCCCGUGCCCCUCCCGCUCCCCUCGGCAGCGGUGCCCCCCGAUGGCGGCGCCCCCGCGGGCGUCCUGCUGCGGCGCCCUGGGCGUCCUGCUCUCCGCGCGGCUGCAGCCCGCCGGCGCCGCGGGGGCCACCUGCGCGGCGGCGCCCGGGAUGCACCAGCGCACUGCGCCGGCAGGGUGCCCCGAAGAGGAGCGGCCGGCGGCCUGGACGUUCACCACGGCGGCGCCGAUCCUCGAUCCCCGUGGCCGAGGGGGUCAGCGUGGACGCCCGGAUCUUCACCUCGCCGCGCCCGUGGGCCGGGGCCGUCUUCGCCCACGGCGGCUGCUUCGCGCAGGGCGACCGGGACAGCCAGGCGGGCGUGAGCGCCAUGCUGGCGGAGAUGGGCGUGGCCGUGGUCUCCACCUCGUACCGGCAGGGCGCCGGGCACCCGCACCCCACGGCCACCGAGGAC